UUUCUAUGGCAAAUCUCAUUCUAUGGCAAUGCACCGCGUCUAAAGGGUUAAUAGCUAUGAGCCACAGGUCCCGGACGUUGUUAGAGGCCAGGCCUGACCCGCGUUAUAGAACGGGAGAGGACUCAGGACAUGCCGAUAUUUGAAAGCUCAAACAAAAAUUGCUGAUCCAAACAACCGAUUAUUUAUAAAUGAAAAUCAUGGAAAUUGUCAGGGGCGCCUAAACUUUUGCAUAUGACUGUAUCCCCCAAUUCUUCAAUAGAAAGCCUCAUGUCACAUUGAUGAAAGAAUCUCUUGACUUGUAAUGAGAAAGAAUAGGUGCAGGUGAAGAUGAUGACGUAUUGCCCUUUAAGGAGUGCCGCCUGUUUUGUAGAACAUUUCUCAUAAUAAUUGGAGACUUGGAAUCAUAUACUGGAAACUUCUCACAGCUGAAGAUUUGUUAUAACUGCACCAGUUUACGUAACGCAAAGAAAAAUCCCUCCAAGAGCAGCAGAAGAUUCCAGAACGUCUCCAAGGCCAAGUCUAGAAAAAACCAUCAGGAUGUCGUCCCAAAACUGGAUGUUAAAUAACAAGAAGAAGAUCCUGCUCUUCUGCCUGUGCAGCGGUCUACUCCUGAGCUGGUUUACAUUAAAGUCCACCAGAUUGUUUCUAAGUCUACCCUGUAAGUUACAAAGUAACAGCCCAGAAAGAAGAUCUCCUUUAAAAUUUUUCCAAGAUGUUAAACUUACAAGAAUGCUGUAUGACAAGCCCAACACCUUCAAACCACAGAGAACAGACGUGCUAACGGAAACACCUUGGCUGGCGCCAAUUGUCUGGAAUGGGAUCUUCAACAGAGACAUACUCAAUGCUCAAUUUCAUCAGAUCGAUGUCCGUGUUGGUCUUACGGUAUUCGCCAUAAAAAAAUACGUCAGGUUCCUUAAUAAAUUCAUCGAGUCGGCUGAGAAGUUCUUCAUGGUUGGACACAAGGUCAAUUAUUAUGUGUUCACAGAUCGGGCCAAUGAGAUUUCCAAUUUCACCCUCGCCGAAGGUAGACAACUGGUCAUCUUGGAGGUUCCGGCCUAUGAAAGGUGGCAGGAUGUCUCCAUGAGACGUAUGGAGAUGAUCCGAGACUUCUCCAUUAAGCGCUUUGUCAAUGAGGUGGAUUACUUGGCGUGUGUAGAUGUGGACAUGGUGUUCUUGGAUUACGUUGGGGUAGAAAUCUUAAGCAAAGUUUUUGGAGCUUUACAUCCUGGAUUCUUCAAUAAAACCCGAAGAGAAUUCACCUACGAGCGCAGGCCACAGUCCAGCGCCUACAUACCAUUUGAAGCUGGAGAUUUUUACUAUGCAGGUGGAUAUUUUGGAGGCGUAAUAGAAGAGGUCGUCAGGUUGACCAACUACUGUCACCAGGCAAUGAUGGCAGACAAGCAGAAAAAUAUGGAGGCGCUCUGGCAUGACGAGAGUUAUUUAAAUAAGUAUUUUCUCUUACAUAAACCGACCAAACUCCUGUCACCGGAAUAUAUAUGGAACAAUUAUUACGGAUCUCCGGCUGCUGUACAGACCAAAAGGUUCCUUGGUGUAGACAAAAAUUACAAAGAGAAACUACUACAAAACAAGAAAUAAAAGACCUGUCUUCCUGCCCUAUCUUUCAGAGGGCUGAAACCAGUCUGAUCCAGCUCUAGAAUGCUCCCUGCUAAGUCACAUGAGGGAAAAAGAUUUUAGGCCUAGUCAGUAUCCUGUUCAAGUUAAAGCCGGCUACAGGCAAGAAACCAAGCCCUGGUUAUGCAAGAAAAUGUAAUUCCUGAUGCUGAAAAUUCUAAACUAAGUCGGAUCUGAUUUGGUUGUGAUGAUCAUGGCGCCAUGCUGCCUUUAGGAGGUUUCCACCCUAGAUUGUCUUCAGUCCACACUGAGAGAACAAUAUUGUUCAAAAUCCUUUUUCUGCUCUGAGAGGGUGAAAUGUCUAGUCAGAAGAAGUAAACAGCUGAGCAAGGACUCCUCUACAUACACUUAACUGUUUGUGGUCUUCCAGUUGUAGUUAGCUCUGCAUGGCUAUCAUGUCAUUUGGCAUACGCCCUGACAUAGGGAACCAUGCUGCACUUAACUGUGAGUGAAGACUUUUCAAAGUAUCUACAUCACAGUAACCAACCUAGUAGUAGUACGUUUACGAUAAAGAAGGACCUAUUCGGACUGUGCAUCUUCAAUAGCAACACAAAAAUUGCUAAAAGUACUGUAUAUUUAAAGACUCUAAGUCAGUGUCCCUGCUUAGAACUGUAACCAAUUUCCAACAUCUAAACUGAGGUACUGUGACCUACUGCCCUGUGCUCUGAAGAGAACAUACUGUUUGGAUUCUGCAAUGAGGGUUUCAGUAAAGUUUUACU